CGUUGCUAUGGUGACGCGGAGGAUGCGACAAGGGGGGUGGGGCGUUGCUAUGGUGACGCGGAGGAUGCGACGCGUCAUCGUUCGUUCAGUCGCCGCUUCCUCCCCCUCCCUCCCGUCGACUCAACAUUCGCUUGACGCUGACCUACAGUGAGACAUGUCCACUGGAAACGUGAAUGAUGGGCCGACGACUGAAGAUCCGGAGAUUCGAGCUCAGAAAUACCUGGAGAAGCAUGGCAUAGCACACGUGAUGCGUGCCAUGACUGAGCGUCUAGUCAACGAGAGACCAGAUGACCCUUUGGAGCAUCUAGCAAAACAGUUGGAGAAAAUGAUUGAAGAGAAAAAUCGAGGAAAGACCUAGCUGACAUCACAGCGCUAAACUUCACCACAUUUACAUCAUCACCAUUAUUACCACCACCAGCAUAAUCACAACAUCAUCAUCAUCAACAUUGCUGUCCUUGCCAUUGUCCACGCUCUAUUCACUGUGGCUUGAGGACUGCUCCAUCUCCUCGAGAGUGUAUCAUUCCUCCGCACGAGGCUCCUGGAACAGCCUUCAGACUCGGUGAUGCUUUUCUGAAUUAAUUACUGUUAUUUAUUUUUUAUUCAGUCAGUCGUUCCUUCAUGGCAAUUAAAUGACCGACAUAAUACUGCGUGUGUUUCCACGGUUGUGCUGUAUUCCUCUCCAAUGUACAGCAAGAUGUUUGCUCCACGUGCCUUCUGAAGCUCCCACCCAGCAUGCAGAUAUCGUUGUAUCCACUCUAUCAAUUUUCCAAACCUUAUUUACCCAAACAACACAUUUAAAUAAUACCGCAAAUUAGAAAGCCAGUUUGUGUCCUAAAUGUACUUGUACAAAAAUAAAUGUUUCAUGUUAUAUAUUGGUUAUUGGUGGGAUAAGGGAUUUAUAGUGACAUUCAGUAUUACCUCGUGUCAGCUUGGCUAGUUUGUUUCAAUGGCACGGAUAGUGCUCGUGUCAGCUUGGUUAGUUUGGUUCAGUGGCAGGGAUAGUGCUCGUGUCAGCUUGGUUAGUUUGGUUCAGUGGCAGGGAUAGUGCUCGUGUCAGCUUGGUUAGUUUGGUUCAGUGGCACGGAUAGAACUCGUGUCAGCUUAGUUAGUUUGGUUCAGUGGCACAGAUAGUGCUCGUGUCAGCUUAGUUAGUUUGGUUCAGUGGCACGGAUAGAACUCGUGUCAGCUUGGCUAGUUUGGUUCAGUGGCACAGAUAGUGCUCGUGUCAGCUUGGUUAGUUUGGUUCAGUGGCACGGAUAGAACUCGUGUCAGCUUGGUUAGUUUGUUUCAAUGGCACGGAUAGUGCUCGUGUCAGCUUGGCUAGUUUGUUUCAAUGGCACGGAUAGUGCUCGUGUCAGCUUAGUUAGUUUGGUUCAGUGGGAGGGAUAGAACUCGUGUCAGCUUGGUUAGUUUGGUUCAGUGGGAGUGAUAGAACUCGUGUCAGCUUGGUUAGUUUGGUUCAGUGGCACGGAUAGUGCUCGUGUCAGCUUGGUUAGUUUGGGUCAGUGGCACGGAUAGAACUCGUGUCAGCUUGGUUAAUUUGGUUCAGUGGGAGUGAUAGAACUCGUGUCAGCUUAGUUAGUUUGGUUCAGUGGGAGGGAUAGAACUCGUGUCAGCUUGGUUAGUUUGGUUCAGUGGCACGGAUAGUGCUCGUGUCAGCUUGGUUAGUUUGGUUCAGUGGCACGGAUAGAACUCGUGUCAGCUUGGUUAGUUUGGUUCAGUGGGAGGGAUAGAACUCGUGUCAGCUUGGUUAGUUUGGUUCAGUGGCACAGAUAGUGCUCAUGUCAGCUUGGUUAGUUUGGUUCAGUGGCACGGAUAGUGCUCGUGUCAGCUUAGUUAGUUUGGGUCAGUGGGAGGGAUAGAACUCGUGUCAGCUUGGUUAGUUUGGUUCAGUGGCACGGAUAGUGCUCGUGUCAGCUUAGUUAGUUUGGGUCAGUGGGAGGGAUAGUGCUCGUGUCAGCUUAGUUAGUUUGGGUCAGUGGGAGGGAUAGAACUCGUGUCAGCUUGGUUAGUUUGGUUCAGUGGCACAGAUAGUGCUCGUGUCAGCUUGGUUAGUUUGGGUCAGUGGGAGGGAUAGAACUCGUGUCAGCUUGGUUAGUUUGGUUCAGUGGCACGGAUAGUGCUCGUGUCAGCUUAGUUAGUUUGGGUCAGUGGGAGGGAUAGAACUCGUGUCAGCUUGGUUAGUUUGGUUCAGUGGCACGGAUAGAACUCGUGUCAGCUUGGUUAGUUUGGUUCAGUGGCACAGAUAGUGCUCAUGUCAGCUUGGUUAGUUUGGUUCAAUGGCAGGGAUAUAACUCGUGUCAGCUUGGCUAGUUUGGUUCAGUGGGAGGGAUAGAACUCGUGUCAGCUUGGUUGAUAAUUAUCGUCGGGUUGGUUAUCGUAAGGGUUGAUUGGCGAGUUUACAUGACCCCCUCCCCCCGAGUUGUCAGCCCCUCCCCUUUUCAACGCUGGGUCAUUUCGAGCGCUGCUGCUGCUGCUCGCUUCAAACUCGUGCGCUCCAGUGCCUCUCGUGCUGCUGCUGCUCUCCCCCGCGCUGCCCUUCCUCGUACUCCCCGUGCUGCCCUUCCCCGUGCUGCUCUCCCCCGCGCUGCCCUUCCUCGUACUCCCCGUACUGCUCUCCCCCGUACUGCUCUCCCCCGCGCUGCCCUUCCUCGUACUCCCCGUGCUGCUCUCCCCUGUGCGGCUCUCCCCCGCGCUGCCCUUCCGUGGAUUUGGGGAGACGAUGGGCAGCGGAAGCUCCGCGCUCGGCACGCGCUCCAUUUACCUGGACCUGGACGGGCGCGUGCAGCAGGUGGUGUUCGGCUGUCGCUGCUCCACUGCACAUCUCAAUGACCUGGUCUGCGACUCAGCGGGAAUCAACCGAUGCACCCCUAUCUCUCUCAUUGACUCAAAUGGAGCCACUGUUUCCUUGGAUCCCGGCAUGCCUUGCAACACCCACAGCACUCCGUACAAGAUCAUUCAAGUAGGAACACCGCAACUCUCACAGAGGGACACCAUUCUACGAGACUGUCUCUCCCAGAUGGCAGAGCAGAUUGCCAGCGCGUUCCGUAUUCAGGAGCAGAGAACGGAGUUCUCCAGCCGAAUUGCCAUGCUAGAGAAACGCCUAGAUGCUGAGGGCCUGAAGCUCGUGGAAAUUGACAAAUGCAAAAACGACAUCCGAGCCCUCAAGGACAAGAUGAUGAACUGCCCCGACAGGAAAUAUAAUAGUAACCUCACCAGGAGUCUCAGCGUCCACUCAAACGACACACGUGGUGGUGCUCAUUACUCGGCUAACAGAAACUCAGCCCGAUCAAUGUCUAACCCCACGCUGACCAUGGCUUGCUUGGAUUACAAACCUAGAACUCCGAGGAGAGAUGUGCCUGCCUACCCCAAGUACAUGCUGUCGCAGGAGACCAUUCACGCACUCAAGCAGCCAACAUUCGACGUGUGGCAAUGGGAACAUAACGAGAUGCUGAGCUGCCUAGAGCACAUGUUCCAUGACCUGGGCCUCGUUUCUGAGUUCAACAUCAACCCCAUCACCCUCAAGCGAUGGCUGCUUGCAGUGCAAGAGAACUAUCGGAACAACCCCUUCCACAACUUUCGCCACUGCUUCUGUGUCACUCAAAUGAUGUACGGCGUCAUCCACCAUUGCAACCUGCAGGAAAUCUUCACUGCGAUGGAUUUAGGGAUCCUCAUGAUUGCGGCCGCAUGUCACGACCUGGACCACCCUGGAUACAACAACGCGUACCAGGUGAACGCCCGCACAGAGCUGGCCGUGCGCUAUAACGACGUCUCGCCACUUGAAAACCACCACGCGGCCGUGGCCUUCCACAUCCUGUCCACGCCCGAGACCAACAUCCUUUCUGGUGUCACGCACCAUGCCUUUACACAUAUCCGCCAGGGCGUGAUUGAGCUGAUUCUGUCCACGGACAUGGCGCGACAUGGGGAGAUCCUCGCCUCCUUCAGGGAAUACCUCAAGGACUUCGACUUCGGCAACCCGGAACACAUGAAAGUCCUGAAGAUGAUGCUCAUUAAGUGCUGCGACAUCUCUAACGAGGUUCGGCCCAUGGAGGUUUCUGAACCAUGGCUUGACUGCCUCCUGGAGGAGUACUUCAUGCAGAGUGACCGUGAGAAGCAGGAGGGCCUCCCGUUCGCUGCGUUCAUGGACCGCGACACGGUCACCAAGCCGUCGGCCCAGAUCGGCUUCCUGUCAUUUGUCCUCAUUCCCUUGUUCGAAGCUGUGAGCCAGCUCUUCCCACAGAUGGAAGAGACAAUGGUGCAUCCUCUGCGCGAGUCCCGUGAUCACUAUCAGGAGCUCAGCGUCCUCCAGGAGACCCUGAGCAAGAAGAAGUCAGCAGACAAGGUCCCCGAAGGGGAUGAUGCAAAGUGAGGGGCUCAUAAUGGCCACGUCCGAACAAUGAGCCCUCACCUCUGAUCUCAGGGUAUGGGGCUAAUUGUGUACGUUACCUCGUUUCCAUCACUAAUGUGAACCUGUCUGUGCUGGCCCAGACACAGCACCAGGGCCUGGGUCCAUGCCCCCAUGCUUCAUGAGCCACGAGGUUCCUUGGGCUUGCCCCCUCCCCUAUGUCCCAACCAACUCUUCCACCUCUGCACGGAGCAUGCAAGUUUAAUAUUGUCCCCCAGUGAUUUUAAGACUUUUCACCAUUUGGGGUUGUAAUUCCAUUAAAGAAUCGACAGCAUGACCAAUUCCAGCAUCAGUCUGGCUAUAAGCAUAGACAAAGGGUUGCUAAGAGAACCAGGGGACCAGGGUGCUGAAUUUCCAUGGGAUCAGUUUGGCCAGGUUGGGCUGCCAUGGGAACACAGGCUAGUGGGCCCAGCCCAGUGCAUGCACAGAGCCAUCACAGUUCCCACUGGCCGUGGAAAUGAGGCAUCCAUCGUGGGGUUUCUAAUGGCUGCGUUGAGGAACUAAUGCAGCACUGCCAUGGGCCUGAGUUCUUUAUUUGUGACUGGGUGUCUUUCCUACGAGACUCUUAAUAAUCACCGUAGGGCACUGAGCCAGAAAUAUCUGAGAGCCUUGGUUCAAGCUCCAAGUCACCCCUUAUCGGUAAAUGCAUAUGUGUGCACAUGGAUAGCCCCAUUUAUAUUUGGCCACAUAAGGCUGCACAGCAAUUUGAACUCUGUCCUGAUGUUUUUAUUAUAUUCAGCUGUGAUGACAAAAACUUUUUGUUAAGAGUUAGAGCAUGGUGGGUUCAACGAAAAUGAAAACGUGCACGGUCCUACUGUGCGCGUGGGCUACAACAGGGUGGUAAUUAUGAGCAGGUUUGUUUUAUUCUGAACAAGCUUAAUUAGAACCACUGUUUACAGGAAAGUACCACUCAGAAGUAGUGCAAGGCUGUGCUACACGAGGGGGAUUUGAGGGUAAUCAUUUGAAGGCUUCAUCAACACAUUUGUUCAGAGUAACUGGCAACUAGUAAGAGAAUGGCAAAGAGUGACAAUUUCCUUAAACCAAUAUAAAAUGGUGUGAAAAAUAUUCUCGAAGAUUCAUGGUGACAAUUACUCUAAAAUUACCCUCGUGUAUGUACACAUCCAUUAAACUCUCUUCCAAGUCAAAGCACUUUCAGUGGCUGUGUAAAAAGGCAUUGGUAACCAAUAAUUUAAAUUAAGUGAAUUUUCACCAAAUGGGAGCCUUUUAAUAUUUACAUUGUGGGGUAGUUUUUUUAAACUACCCAUGUACGUGCUUGUAAAUGUCCGUGACUUUGGAUCAUUGUGAAUAAUAGAUGUGAUGUAUACAUGUAAACACAUGCAUGCAUAUACAUAUGCACCUACAUUUAAACAUGUAGCGUACUUACAUCCACUGACGCGUGUACGCAUUGACAGACACGUCAAGAAAGAAGCAUUCAAAUAUCCUUUCAUACAUACACAUGCAUUAAAAGUUGUAUACACAGCGAAUCAAAAAAUAGGUGUUGGGGAGAGGUGGAAAUCUAGCUUCUGAUUUUGUCUACACUCAGCAGAAGUCGGGGACUGCACAAAACUCCCAACAACAUGGGACAGGCAAGAACCACUUUAUUCAAUAUUUUGCAAAUUACACCACGAACUCUCCUCACACUAACCCCCAAAUUAACCAACACGAGCGAACUAAUCCCAGCCUAUCACCACCCAGCUCCCACCAAGGCUACACGAACUCCCACUAAUCUACUAACUAGACGGACACCAGCUCGCCAGCAGCAUAUCAGCCUCCAGCCUCACCAACCUCACUCGUCCCAGCACCCCCCCCCCC